GUAACAGCUGGAAGGUGCUGCUGAAUACCUGGGGAAUGGUGCAAACAGGAAUUCUCCUUUCUCAAGCAUAAAGAAAAUCUACAAGGAUAGAUAAGAUGGCUGCUCCUGAGAAAGAUCCAGACCUGAGGCUCCUGCAGAAGAAUCCAUCAGACCCCAGCACCUGUCAGAAGAGCAAGUUCCUGGAGAGUGAGUGGAAGACACCGACGGUGUCCCUGAAGUGUCUGAGCCGCUGUCCCAGCGUGGACGGGGGCAUUGGCACCUCCUGCUCGGACAGCACCGAAGACUUUUGCAAUUCCAGUAGCGGUUCCUCAUUCCAUCCCAUCAAAACCCAGGUGACCAUUCCAACAGCCCACGUUAUGCCUUCCACACUGGGUGCCUCGCCCUCCAAGCUGUGCCCUGCCGGGGACCAGGGCUGUUCCCAGAGCUCUGCAAAGCCUGCGGGGCCAGGCUCUGCCCCUGAGCGCCCAGGGCUCACCAGGAACGGUGACUUGAACACUGGGAAGUCCUCUCAGGUGCCACCCAGGGACCUCCUGCAUCUCUGCAGGGCUUCGGGGGACAGUGGCUGUGAGCACGCCUGGCCUCCUGCCGCUGAUCGCACCAGGACGGAAGGCGCCUGGAAGUUUGACACCCCUGCCAUUGAGCAGACCCUUAACCAGUCUCUCUUCCUGGACAGUCUGUGCGCUGACCCUCUGCAUAGGUGCCAGAAGUUCAACCCAAGCCCUGAGGCAGGGAAGGACCAUUACAAAGUGCUGCCAGAGAGCAAACAGGCGCUGGGGGCCAAUGGAGCCUGCGAGCCCCGGGACGGGCCGUGGCCCAGCGGGAGCAGGCUGAUGCCAGCGGGACUCCAGGCCAACAGUUUUUAUUCCAAACCUGUAGCAGCUCUCCCAGGCCAAGCGUGGAUGCAGGAAGGCUGCACGCUGCACCCCCACCAGGGAGUCUGUGAGCUCAGUGCCUGGAAGCAGCAGCUGGACAAAGUGCGGCUGCAGGUGGAGCAGAUGCAGUUACAAAAUGGAGGCACCUGCCCCCAUUCCUCCAUGUAUUCCCCAUCCCUGCCUGCACCUGACCCAGCUCAGUGGAUCAAUAUCCUGAACUCCAAUGAAAACCUGCUCAAGGAGAAAGAGCUCCUCAUUGACAGACAGAGGCAGCACAUUUCCCAGCUGGAGCAGAAGGUCCGGGAGAGUGAGCUGCAGGUUCACAGUGCCCUGCUGGGCUGCCCAGCAUCCUAUGGAGACGUCUACAUGCUAAGGAUGCAGGAGCUGCAGCGGGAGAACACCUUCCUCCGAGCACAGUUCACAGAGAAGACUGAGUCCCUCAGCAAGGAGAACAUUGAGCUGGAGAGGAAGCUGGCUGCUGCAGAGGUGGAUGUGAAGCUGGUCCGGGAGUCCCUGAAGGAAACAGUGCAGAAACAUGCAGAGGAGUUAAAGAAACAGGAAGAAAGGGUAAAGGGAAGAGACAAACACAUUAAUAACCUUAAAAAGAAAUGCCAGAAGGAAUCUGAACAAAACAGAGAGAGACAGCAGAGAAUCGAGACCCUGGAACGAUACCUGGCAGAUCUUCCAACCCUUGAGGACCACCAGAAACAGAGUCAGAAGCUGAAGGAAUCUGAACUGAAGACCACUGCCCUACAGGAAACAGUGCUGGCACUGGAAACAGAGCUUGGAGAUGUCCAGGCUGCUUUCAGGGAGCAAGAGCUGCAGCUGGAAACCCAAAAACACAAGGAGAUGGAGCUUCUGUCCACUGUGCGCAGCUUGCAGGACAAGUUGCAGCAGUAUGCAAAGAAUGCAGAGAGAGGACCCCCUGCCCAGGAUGGGGAGAGGCAGAAAAUGGAACAUGACUCUCUGAAGAAGGAGUGUGACUGCCUCAGGAAGAUUGUGGACAAAAAGCAGAAGAAGAUGGAGCAGUUAUCCUUGCAAGUCAAGAACCUGGAAGAACAGGUGGCCCAGGAAGAGGGGACAAGCCAAGCUCUGAAAGAGGAGGCGAUGAGAAGGGAAAAUGCUCUGCAGCAGCUCCGGGCUGCCGUGAAAGAGCUGUCCGUGCAGAACCAGGAGCUGAUCGAGAAGAACCUGACGCUGCAGGAGCGGCUCCGGCAGGCCCAGCUGACGGCCCAGCCCCUGCCUGCUGACACAGCUCGCCUGGCCCAGGAGCUGCACGGGGAGCUGGCCAGCUGCCUGCAGGAUUUGCAGUCUGUCUACAGCAUUGUCACCCAGAGGGCUCAGGGCAAGGACCCCAACCUCUCUCUGCUCCUGGGCAUUCAGUCUGUGCAGUACUCUGUGAAGGAGAAGGAUGACCUGCUGAGCCCUGACGGACUGGCCAAGAAACUGGUGGAGGUAAAACAGCUUCACAAAGAGGUGGAGGACUUGAGGACUGCAAUAUCUGACAGAUAUGCUCAGGACAUGGGAGACAACUGCAUCACCCAGUAAAGAACACUCCCAAAGUAAGACAGGGAAUGAAGACUUGAAACUCUCAGGAGUCUUGUGCUCCUACAAUCCUAAACCUAUUCAGCACUUUACCAUCCCUCUGCUUGGGUACAGGAUGUGUGACUUAUCUGAUCUGUGAGAAAUCGGGGGUUUGUUGCCAGAAGUGUUCAGCUGCUGACUGGGAUAAUUCAGGGCUUCGGUGUCAGGCUUUGCAGUAGCUUUGAUCUUGUGGAAUGUGUUUUAUGCUGUGUUUGCUGGAGCUGCUGUGGUCUCUGAUGCUGGGAGAUGAAUUCUGACUUGCCUUCCAGGCAUGUCAAAUGCUGAACAUGCAAGUGUGACAGUUAAAAUAAUGGCUAAAAGGAAAUCUCUGCCCUGGUCUUGCUGAUAACCUCCCUGUGCAGGUCCUGUGGCACCAGAGGGUUGUCAGAUUGUUUGUGGAAUAUCUGGAUUCCACAGGCAGGCAGGUGUGCCAGUUCCACUCCUGGCAUUUGCAUCGAGGUGCUACUGCCUUGGAUUGAUGGAGCAGGACCUGCUUUCCUCAGGUGAUUCAACCUGUGAUUCAAUGUCUUUCAGCAGCCAGCAUGAGUUGAGGAAUAAAGCAACACUAAAAGACUCUGGAAAUGAUCCCCCUGGGCACUGUUACCCCAGAAGCCUUAAGCCUUUUGUCCCCCUGAAACAGCACUGGGAGUGGGCUGUGAUUCAGACUGCAGAGGAAGUGGAUUGAUGCUGAAGUGCCUUAAUGAGCUGGAAGAACCCUCUGCCCCCACUCUGCUCAGUGCCUAAUGCAUCCACUGGCAGGUGAGGGGCUGCUCUUCCUUCUCACAGCCUUUUAGAGCCAUCACAAACAAUCCUGGGGAGCUCCAAGUGUCUGUGGCCCCUGCCAGAGCCUCCAAGAGCCUCUGUGUCCCUGGGGACACACAUGUGCUUUACUGGGAGAAAGCCAUACUGGUCCUGAUGUGGAGGGGGUGGCACAGGGAGCUCUUCCUGCAAAGCAGUGGCCACUUGGGCUUUGUCACAGCCCUGUCCCUCCUUUCUUCUCUGCAAGUAAUGGGAUUUCUAAAUGGAUCACAGAGGGAUCAGUUUCACUGUACCACCACCCUCCCUAACCCCAGUAACAGCUUUACAGUACUGAGUCUGAGGGUGGCACUUGGGUUUUCAUCUUGAGUUAAGAGCGAGAUACCAAGUUGUGACAGGGAAAAGUCCUGCUGACACCUGUGUUGUUCGGCUGCUCUUGGUUUGUGUUGGGGCUGUGAGCGCCGGGUUUGGCAGAAAUGCUUUUGUUAUUCCUUUGUGUUAAAAUUUUUAAGACCGAAUCUGUUUUGUUCUUGGUGUUUGGCCACCAUGGGGGAUGGUGGCCAGGAACUGGUUGGUUUGUCCCACACGGGGAGCACACAGCAGUGUCUGUCUGUCCUGCUCUUCGUGGCUGUUCUGCUCCUGGCUGUGUUUGUCCCCUGGCUGCUGAUGCUGUGUAUUGAGCAAAGCACAUUUCCAGGGCUGUUUGUCUUGACUGCCAGGAGCUGUGCUGGCUCCUGCAGGUUCUUAGGGGGUUUGGGCACCAUCUCCUUCUCCCCUUCACUUUGGGGGUGCAAGAUCUCGUUCAUGGGUGCUGUGAGGGGACAGGUUUGCCCUCUGCCCCUGCAGAGGUGAUUCUGAGAUGAGAUUACUGUGGCUGAAACCACCUCAGCUGCUGCCUGGCACUGUCCCAGCAGCUGGGCUGCCCAGGUCCUGUGUCCCCUCCGUGGGCACAUGUCCUCUCCUCCUCGUCCCGCACAGCUGAGCCCCUCUGGCCCAGAGGGUGAUCCUGUGUGCUGUCUGCUGCUGGUGCAGGGGCAAUCUUGGGCCCUUUGCUACAGAACACCCCAGACCAGGGUGACAGGACAGCGUUUCCUCCCUGUCCCCCUUGUGCAUGUCCCCCCGCUCCCCCGUGUUGUGCCUGGUCCCGUUGGGCUCAGUGUCUUUGUACCAGCCUCUGUCUCAGCGCUUAUUUGUAUCAAGUACUUGGAAUAUCAAAUAAAGCUGCUCUGACCCA